UUGCUGGAUAUAUAUGACAGUGUGUUACUGGCCAUCGAGUCGAGCUGAUCGAGAAAAGAGAAGAUAAGAGGCUGGCCCAACAAUGAAGCUGAGAAUCUUUAUGAGAUACUUGAUCCUCGCGGCAACAUUGACCGUCACGCUUGCUACGUUUGGUAAGGAGCACGUGCAUAUUAGGAUCCACGUGCCAGAGAUAAUUCAACACGAGGAAAAGAAGGUGAUAAAAUACGAAGAUCAUGGUGGACACGAUCACGGAGGUGGAGGAGGUGGGGGAGGAGGUGGUGAUACGAUAAUAAUUACAUCGCCUGGAGGAGGUGGUCAUAGAGGUGGUGGUCACGGGGGCGGAUUUGGUGGAGGACACGGAGGCGGAUUUGGAGGAGGACACGGAGGUGGAUUUGGUGGAGGAUUUGGUGGAGGACACGGAGGUGGCCAUGGAGGAGGCGGUUUCAGCGGACAUGUCAGUUUUGGAGGAGGUGGCGGCCAUGGAGGUGGUCAUGGAGGUGGCUUUGGAGGUGGCCACGGUGAUGUAAUAAUAUCAAGUUCCGGAGGAGGCUACGGGUAUGGCGGCGGAGGAGGAUUCGGCGGAGGCGGCGGUGGAUCGAUUAUCGAGCACCACGGAGGCGGAGGAGGAGGAUUCGGCGGAGGCGGUGGCGGAGCCAUAAUCGAGCACCACGGAGGCGGAGGAGGAGGAGGAGGAGGAUUCGGUGGAGGAGCCAUAAUCGAACAUCAUGACAGUGGAGGAUUUGGAGGCGGAGGCGGUGGAUACGGAGGAGGAGGAGGAGGAUACGGUGGCGGGGGAGGAGGAGGAAUCAUCGAACACCACGGUGGCGGAGGAGGAUUCGGAGGCGGAGGCGGAGGAUUCGACGAUCAUCACGGCGGCGGAGGGUUCGGAGGAGGCGGAGGUGGUGGAUACGGAGGUGGCGGAGGAUUCGGGGGCGGAGGAUUCGAUGACCACCACGGUAGUGGAGGAUUCGGUGGUGGUGGAGGUGGUGGUUUCGACGAUCAUCACGGUGGAGGAGGAUUUGGGGGUGGAGGCGGAGGAUAUGGAAGCGGAGGCGGUGGAUUCGACGCACACCAUGGCGGAGGUGGCUUUGGAGGCGGCGGAUAUGGGGGUGGCGGUGGUGGGUUCGAUGACCACCAUGGUGGCGGAGGGUUUGGGGGAGGCGGCGGGUUCGGUGGUGGCUAUGGGGGUGGCGGCGGUGGCGUCGAACACCAUGCUAUUAGCAACAGUAUAUCGUCGGGAUUCGGCAGCAGCGGGCAUGGGGGCGGCGGUGGCGGUGGUUUCUCAGGCUACCACAAGAAAAAAUAAGAACUGUGGUAUUUCCGAUCGUAUUUGACCGACUUUUUGAUAUCGAAACGAUCAAACGUGUUACUUGUGCCGGGUUUUCAACGCGCGAUCGUUAACAUCACGUGAUCGUGAACCGUUCCAGCACUGCAACGCCGAUUCAAAACGAUCGUUCCGAUUUCCCCUCAUUCUCGACGAUCGACUUGUUUUCCCUCUCGUCGAUACUACUUCGAGAGACUCUCCAUUUGUCAUUUUUACUUUCGUUUUUUAGAUGCACGGAUUUCAUGUUAUCCUGUGAUGUUGCACGUAGCAGAGGAAAUGGAAAGUUUUAGAAAUUCGAUCGAACAAAAUUAAUGUAGCCAUACCAUGUUGUGUCCGAUUUAACGCGCCAAGUGAAAUCGUGAUAAAAGGAGAAGAUGGUUAAUUUUUUUUUUUAAUAUAAUGGAUGGAUUUUGAAAAAAAAUUUAGGCACGAGGAAAUGAAAUUAAUGGAUAAUUUUUUUCUUCUUUUGCAAUUUAAUUAUGAUCGUUCGAAGAUUGAUCAUACUCACAAUUCCGUCCAAUGUUUUAAUUAUUUUAAUGCAUAUGUCUUGCAAUUGCGACACAUCUACGUGAUUGUUUACUACUCGUUAUUGCGUUUUGUAUAUAUUAUAAGUUGUGUAAAUAUUUUUCAUUUACUGUUAUUUUUUUAAAUAAAAUGUUUUGUAUAUG